UUGCUCGGUCAUGUUCUCCACAGUUUUCCCAUUCAUGGUAAUAUCCAUUCUCUGAUUAUGAAUUGCACAACUACGUCAACUUCUUCUAUUAUUAUUAUCAAUGGGCAGCCUGAGGGGAGAAUUGUAAGUGAAAGGGGUAUUCGACAGGGUUGUCCCUUGUAGCCGUACUUAUUUAUUAUUUGCUCUCAAAGCUUGACGGAAAUCUUAAGAACGAUGGAGCUGGAUGGUCUCUAUUUCGGUUAUAGGGUGAAUAGAUGGGCUCCCUCUGUCUCUCAUCUUAUGUUUGAGGAUGAUGUUUUUCUAUUUGGUUACUUAAAUGCUAACACGGUGAAUGCAGUAACUAUAACUCUGCAAGAAUACUCUAAGUGCUCUGAGCAAAUGGUGAACUAUGACAAGUCCGGGAUAUACUUCAUUAAGGUUGUCCCUGAGAAUAAACAACUGGGAGUUAUGGAACAGCUAGGGGUGCAAAGAAUGCAUGAGGACGACAAGUAUUGAAUGGAUGGAAGAAAAAAUUUCUUACUCAUGCAGGGAGGACUAUGCUGAUCCAGACGGUGCUGGCUCUUUUACCUGUGUAUUAUAUGGCUACCAAUUUAAUUCCUAAAGUUAUUCUUCGCAAGCUUACACAAAUCAUCCGGAAUUUGGUGGGGGCACCCCAAGGAUACGAAGAAAAUGCAUCUCAUAAACUGGAAUUGGUUUACAAGAAGAAGUAAGGAAAAAGGUGGGCUGGGAUUGCGUGACUUAGAGCAUAUCAACUUGGCUCUCGUUGCAAAGAUUGGCUAGAGAUUUCUUUCGAAUCCAACAACUAUUUGGGGAGAGAUUCUUACUGGAAAGUAUCUCAGAGACAUUAAUUUCUGGAAUGCUAGUAAACCUCAAAGGUGUUCAAGUACCUGGUCCGCUAUUCUCAAGUGUCGGCAAUAUCUGAAACAAGGUUGUAUUUGGUUGGUGGGCAGUGGCAAAGAUAUUAAAAUAUGGUCUGAUCCAUGAGUCCCCUCGUUACCAGGUCAUACUCCAGUCAUCCCUCUUAAUGGCACUACUUCUAUUAUCACAGUCGAUGAGCAGAUCCAUGCUGAAGAUGGGAAGUGGAAUAUCCCACUUAUUAAUGCAACCUUUGAACCAUAUGUUGCGGAACAAAUUCAAAAGAUUUACAUCAGCAAGGAAACUGUUGAGAACAAGUUGAUUUGGACUCUAACUCCACAUGUUUCUGUAUGGGGGCUUGUCUUUGGUGGGCGAUUUGGAAUGCACGGAACAAGGUGGUGUUUGAAAAGAGAUCAUUCAAUAUCCAGACUAUCAUCAACGAGGGCUUAUACUGGUACAAUUCUUACAAGGACAGCGAGGCUGACGAUGUCGAUGGUAUCCAGCCUCCAGUUACACAGCCGGCUAACCAAGUGCUGCAGGUGAUACCUCCUGUACCUCACUUCAUUAAGGUGAACGCCGAUGCAGCUGUAGCAGCCGAUAAAUCAUAUGCAGCGGCUAUUGCGAGAGAUGAACAUGGUUCUAUUCUAGGUGCAGGCUCAGUUAUUUUUAACACUACAAGCCCUCUUAUUACUGAAGCUCAUAGUUUCCUCCUAGCUAUUGAUUUUGCUCAACGACUCGAAGUUAUCCUACAGAAGAAAAACAAAACCAUCCCGUGGAGAAUAAUUCAUACAACCAACGAAAUUGGUUCCAGGACCAGUUUUUUCAAUUCGCUGGAGUACAGCUUUAUUCCGAAGAGAUCCAAUUAUAUGGCUCAUGAUCUCGCAACUUAUGCGAAACGACAUAAUGUCCUGGUGGACAUCUUCCCAAAUCCCAUAUUAUGUUCUUCAACAAGCUUAGGCUUCCUUCCUUUUGUUUCUCUUCGCUGUUAAGUGGUUCUUUGCUUUCCCCUAUUUUUCCGCCUAUG